GAGCGCCCGCGCCGCCGCCGCCGCCGCGCACAUGCGGACGCCGAGCGCCGCCGCUGCCGCCCGCCGGUUAUGAAGGAAGAAUGGAGUUUCCAGACCAUAGCCGCCAGUUGCUGCAGUGUCUGAGUCAGCAGCGUCACCAGGGCUUCCUGUGUGACUGUACUGUUUUAGUUGGAGAAGCUCAAUUCAGAGCUCACAGAGCUGUUCUUGCCUCUUGCAGUAUGUACUUCCAUCUUUUCUACAGGGACCAGUUAGACAAAAGGGAUAUUGUGCAUCUGAACAGUGACAUUGUCACAGCCCCUGCCUUCAGCCUGCUGCUCGAAUUCAUGUACGAGGGAAAGCUGGAAUUCAACAGUCUCCCAGUGGAAGAUGUGCUGGCUGCGGCGAGCUACCUUCACAUGUAUGACAUUGUGAAAGUCUGCAAGGGCAAGUUGAAAGAUAAAGAAUUAUGUUCCGAAGAGAAGAUUAAUGAUGAGGCGGCUAGUGUGGAGAAAGCGGAGCAUUUUCUAGACGCCGGAGUGCCCCUGGUCCACGAGUUUGACCCAGGAAACAAACAAAAAUUCAGCGUUGCAGAAUACGAGAGAGCAGCAGGCAAAGAAAAGGUCAGCAGUCACCCCGCCUGGUCCUCUGAUCAUAUAAGUGUCAGCUCUGUGCCGACAGAGGCAGAACCGUGCGCCGCAGCAGCUGGAAAAACAAAGGCUAAUGUCAAUAGUUCCACAGGACCUUUGUCCCAAAGGUCUGUUAACCAUCCCCUGGCUUCGAGUGAUGUGGACUGCGCGCUGGAUUUGUCUUUCAAGCCCGUGCCGGGGAGAGAUUCCUUACACCCCUCCUAUGUCUUUGGACAGCUGGCUUCCGACAGCCAGCAGCAGGGUACCGAGCCACUUGUUAAAGAUGAACAAGACUUGCUGUCAGAUCAGGAGGACAGCGAAGCCAGGAGUCCAGAGAGUCAGCAUUUUGGGAAUUCAGCCAAAAGCCUAGUGACAGGGUUAGGACACAUGUUCGCGGGGAAUGGCAGCUCUCAUGCCCGAGAGGAGGAUAUAGAUCAAGAGCGAGACGAGAGCGAGGACGACAUGGAUUCGUCGGACAUCUCCUCGGGCGUCCUGGUGCCUCCUGGGCAUAUCUGCAUUUGUCCCCUCUGUAGCAAGGUGUUCCCGAGCCCGCACAUCCUUCAGCUGCACCUGAGCUCUCACUUCCGUGACAAGGACGGCUCGCGGACCCGCCUGUCCCCCGACGGGUCGGUGCCCACUUGCACCCUCUGCGGAAAGACUUUUUCCUGCAUGUACACGCUCAAGAGGCACGAGAGGACUCACUCGGGGGAGAAGCCCUACACCUGCGGCCAGUGCGGGAAGAGCUUCCAGUAUUCCCACAACCUCAGCCGGCACGCGGUCGUGCACACCAGGGAGAAACCCCACGGGUGCAAGUGGUGCGAGAGACGCUUCACGCAGUCCGGGGAUCUCUACAGACAUAUCCGCAAAUUUCAUUGUGGCCUUGUAAAGUCCUUGGUUGUUUGAGAUGUGUGACUUCUGUUUUGUUUAGUUUGGUUUUUUGUUGUUUUUUUUUUAACAUCUACAACCCCCCCCCCAAGCCUUUUAAAACAAAACAGGAAAAAAAAAAAGGCAGCAUCAGAAUUUUAAUUUUGUUUUUCUCCUCCCUUUCCUUUAUUUUGUUUUGGUGAUAUUCACUUCAGGUAUAUGAUCUUUAAAAGAUGCAGCGGUAUACACUCCAGAGGCCUUUUAAUGCAAUCCUUCCACCUCUCCAUCUCCCCCCUUUCCCUGCCACCCUCCCUAGCACGGUCCUUUAGGUCUUCUCUUGUGCACCCAUGUUACAUUAUUAAUGUGAAAUGAUCUUAAGUAAUUCUGCAAUGAUUUAGCAUCAGUUUUCACACUGGAAGUACUUGCUUUGUGGUCAGGGUUUUGUUGGUUUGGGUUUUCUUUUCCUUUUUUUUUUUAACUUUUUUUUUUUUUUUUUUUUUUGAAAAAGAUUAUCAGCACAUUCUGGAGAAAAAUUUGGCUUCCAUUAAGUUCCCCAAAUGCCCUCUGUGUGUUGCAGAGAAACAUCUGAAGAGAUGAACUAUGAUUUAAAUUUUGGUGUAGAGAAACCUGUCCACUCAUUGCAGAGUGGGCAGAUGUGCUUUUAUUUUCUAGAGCUAGAUGAGACAUUGAAUUGGCCCAGAUUUUGCAGGGGUUGAGGAUUCCUGGCUGCAUCUUUGGUACUGGUCAUUUUUUAUUCUCUUUAUUCCAUUAAUACUGUUCUGCCGUUGGUCCUAAAAUCUAAAUGAGAAGUUUUUGCCUUGGGACUUGACUUAAAUUUUCCCUUCCCACCCAUCCUCCUCACUGGGCUGACCUGCUGAAAAGCUGCUUUUGAGCAUAGAAUGUGGAUGGAAAAACACUUUCUGUAUGCAGCCUAUUCACUCCCGAAAUGUUGAAGGAUGCACACUAGGACAUACAAAAA